UUCGCGUGUCGAGGGCAGAGGAGCGCGAGAUAUGCUCGUCGAGUUCGGCUCUACCAUUUGCAUCGAGGACGAAACGGUCUCGCCCCGUCGUCGCUAGGUUUUUGGAGGCCGGUUCGGAGUCGGCUCUCCCUCCGAAGAAAGGAGCAUUAACCCUAGAAUCCAGAGGUAUUCAAAUCGGAAAUUUAAUCUUUUUCGAUGUAGCGUCGGUGAUUGAAUCAUCUUCCUCGUCCAAACCCUAGAAUUCUCUCGCGGCUUCUGAGGAAAAACUCGUUCGUUUGUUCGUAUACCGAUGAUCGGAAACGAUGCAGGCAUCGACUGGGACCAAGCUGUUCAUGUUUACAUGAAUGUGAUUGCCUGUGAGAGUGAAGAUUUGCAGAUCAAAGCCACUAUUCAGCUUGCCCGUUUGUCGAAGGACGCACCGGAGGCCAUCUUGGCAAGCACCAUUCCCGUUCUUGUAGACCUCCUAUCUUCCACAUCACGGAUGCAAGAAGCAGCUGUGUAUGCUUUAAGCUGCAUCGCCCACAAGCAUGAUGGUCGCUUAUGCCCCAUGAUUUGCCAAUUGGAAGCAAUCUCUUUACUUCUUAGGCUACUUCCAACGUCUAAAGAAGGGCUGAGGAGAACAUUGCUUAAGUGCCUUCGGACUUUGGUAUCUUUUGAUGGUCCCAGUAGGUUGAUUCUAGCAGCAAAUGGUGGUCUGGAUAUCACACUAGAUUUGUUGUCUAGAUGCACUGAUGAUACAAGGUGGUACUUAUUGGAGAUUCUCACUGCCUUGGCUUUGUUGAGAGAAGUGAGACGAGUAUUAACGGGCUUUGAUGUCCUCAGGUUUCUUGUUGAAGCUUUAUCAAAUGGUAAAAUGAUAUCGAGAGCACGAGCUGCCCAAACCAUUGGGGUGCUCGCGAUUUCGAGGAGAGUCCGGCAGAAACUUGUUGAUUUGGGGGUCAUUCCGGCGCUCAUUGGUUUUCUAAAGGAGGCUGAUUCCUCUUAUAGGCUAGUUGCGGGAAAUGCUCUUGGUAUAAUCUCCUCUCAUGUUGACUACCUUAGGCCAGUAGCUCAAGCCGGUGCAAUCCCAUUGUUUGUGGAACUGCUCAAAGGACCUGAACCCCUUGGGAAAGAAAUUGCCGAAGAUGCUUUUUGUGUAUUAGCCGUGGAAGAGGAGAAUGGUGUCAUGAUAACAGAGGAGAUGGUGAGGGUUCUUGAGGGUGAUGCUGACGACGCAAAAGGUGCAGCUUUAGAUAUUGUAUGGGAUCUAGCGGGGUACAGGCAUUCCAUCUCUGUUGUCAGAGAAUCAGGUGCAAUUCCAGUUUUGGUAGACCUCCUGCGUAACAUGGAUGGCAAUCUUAGAGAGAAAGCAUCUGGUGCUAUUGCACAAUUAAGUUAUGAUGCAGCAAACAGGGAAGCUAUUGUGGAAGCUGGUGCCAUUCCUGUUCUUAUUGACCUUUUGAGAGGUGAUCCGGAGGAGGUCAGGGAAUAUGCAGCGGAAUGUCUACUUAAUUUUGCAGAAGAUCCUUUGCAUCGGGAGCGAGUCUCUGAAGCCUACGCAGUUCCAUCUUUUCUGGCCAUACAAGAUAGGUUAAUUCGUAUCCGUGCCUCUGAUGAACAUAUUUUCAGGUCCAUGAGUACGCCGAACGUUGAGCGAUUCAUUUCACACUAAGAUUUGAUCUGCAUCUUCCGAGAUUAUGGUUUAAAGCUCACUUGCAAUUGUUAUCUUUUGCCUAGCUUAUGUGUUGUUUCGAAGUCCAAAAGUAUGUCCACCUUUUAACUUUGAUGUUGGGUAUUAGUAAUAAAGUUUGCUUCCGUGCAUCGUGUCUAA